GUUUGUUCAUGCGUUUGACGCGAAAAAGGGCUGGGGAAGAGCUUUGUGGUUUAGCGGAGCACAAUUUCACUGAAAACGCACAACAGUUUGUGCGUGUUUUACUCGUUUUACGGGUAGAUUUUCGUGAUUAAAUAAGGCUACAGAAAACUACUCAAAAUGCCGCGGAUAAUGAUCAAAGGUGGUGUUUGGCGGAACACGGAGGAUGAAAUCCUCAAAGCCGCCGUCAUGAAGUAUGGCAAAAAUCAGUGGUCCCGUAUUGCAUCGCUGCUGCACCGUAAAUCGGCUAAACAAUGUAAAGCCCGCUGGUACGAGUGGCUCGAUCCAAGCAUCAAGAAGACGGAAUGGUCCCGGGAGGAGGACGAAAAGUUACUGCAUCUUGCCAAGCUAAUGCCUACGCAAUGGCGUACGAUUGCUCCGAUCAUUGGCCGCACGGCUGCUCAAUGUCUCGAGCGGUACGAAUACUUGCUGGAUCAAGCGCAACGGAAGGAGGAAGGCGAGGAUGGAAUGGAUGAUCCGCGGAAGCUGAAACCCGGCGAGAUAGAUCCGAACCCGGAAACGAAACCGGCACGACCGGAUCCGAAAGACAUGGACGAGGACGAGCUGGAGAUGCUGUCGGAAGCUCGCGCACGUUUGGCCAAUACGCAGGGCAAGAAGGCAAAGCGCAAGGCACGGGAGAAGCAGCUCGAGGAAGCGCGCCGACUAGCAGCGCUGCAGAAGCGCCGUGAACUUCGAGCGGCCGGCAUCGGUUUGGGCAAUCGAAAGCGUAAACUGAAGGGAAUUGACUACAAUUCGGAAAUACCGUUCGAGAAGGCGCCAGCACCCGGAUUUUAUGACACGACGGACGAGUUUGUGGUACCGAUAGCGGCCGAUUUUUCAAGCUUGCGCCAACAAACGCUCGAUGGGGAGUUGCGUGUUGAGAAAGAAGCUCGUGAACGGAAGAAGGAUAAGGAAAAGUUGAAGCAGCGAAAGGAAAACGACAUUCCAACGGCAUUGCUGCAGAACCAAGAACCGGCCAAGAAGCGAUCGAAACUCGUCCUUCCGGAACCACAAAUAUCCGACCAGGAAUUGCAGCAAGUCGUGAAACUUGGCCGUGCCAGCGAAAUCGCUAAGGAGGUAGCGUCGGAAAGUGGAGUCGAAACGACAGAUGCGCUGUUAGCGGAUUAUAGCAUUACGCCGCAGGUUGCCGCCACCCCUCGUACACCUGCUCCGUUUACGGAUCGCAUAUUGCAAGAGGCUCAAAAUAUGAUGGCACUUACGCACGUAGAGACGCCACUGAAGGGUGGCGUCAACACACCGCUUCAUCAGUCGGAUUUUUCCGGUGUGUUACCGCAAAGUCAAGCCGUAGCUACUCCCAAUACUGUGCUGGCAACUCCGUUUCGCUCGGUUCGGGGUGGACCGGACGGAAGUGCAACGCCGGGCGGGUUUCUAACACCAGCUUCGGGAGCGAUGGUUCCCGUAGGCUCGGGCACGCAGCCACACGUGCCCGGGGCAACGCCAAACUUUCUGCGCGAUAAGCUUAACAUCAACACGGAAGAUGGAAUGAGUGUAGCCGAAACGCCGGCUGCUUACAAAUCUUAUCAGAAGCAGCUGAAAUCUUCCCUGAAGGAGGGGUUAGCUUCGCUUCCGACACCACGCAACGAUUACGAAAUUGUGGUGCCCGACAACGAAACGGAUGAGGGUGCCGAUGAUGGUUCGAUGGACGUGGACCAAAUGGUACCGGACCAAGCGGACGUAGACGAGAAGCGGAAGCGCAACAAGCUGGCCCAGGAAGCGAAGGAACUGUCCCUCCGCUCGCAGGUCAUUCAGCGUGAUUUGCCGCGUCCGCUAGAAAUCAAUACGACCGUGCUGCGUCCUGCAAACGAAAUGCACGGCUUGACGGAUCUGCAGAAGGCGGAAGAGUUGGUCAAGCAAGAGAUGGUUAAAAUGCUCAACUACGACGCACUGCGAAAUCCCAUCCAGCAGCAGCAGGUUUCCGCGGCGAAGCGUCCCAUGCUGAGCCAAUAUCAGUCGUACCUGGAGCAACACCCGUACGAAAGCAUCGAUGAAGCGGAGUUGGCCGAGGCGCGCCAAAUGCUAACCGCCGAAAUGGGAGUUGUUAAACACGGUAUGGCCCACGGAGACUUGUCCCUGGAGAGCUACACACAGGUGUGGCAAGAGUGUUUAGCGCAGGUGCUUUAUUUGCCGAGCCAGAACCGAUACACGCGGGCAAAUUUAGCCAGCAAAAAAGAUCGCAUCGAGUCAGCAGAAAAGCGGCUCGAAAUCAACCGUAAGCAUAUGGCCAAGGAGGCGAAACGCUGUGGUAAGAUUGAGAAAAAGCUAAAGAUUCUCACCGCUGGCUAUCAGGCUCGCGCCCAGGCCCUAAUCAAGCAGUUCCAGGACACAAAUGAACAGAUCGAGCAAAAUGCGUUGGCGCUUUCGACGUUCCAGUUUUUGGCUGCACAGGAAGAUCUGGCCAUACCGAAGCGAUUGGAGUCGCUGACGGACGAUGUGAUGCGACAAACGGAGCGAGAAAAAUCUCUGCAAUCCCGCUAUGCUCAGCUCUCGGAAGAGCUGGAAGAGUUGAAUCGUCUGCUAGAAGAGGCGCGCGUUAAUGCAGUCGAGCAUGCGAAGAAUAACGAUCAAGCACCACGUGUUAAUGGACGCCACGAAGAGCUGGAGGAGGAAGCAAAAGAUGAAAGUGGUUUGGGGGCGAGUGAUGUGGAGAACAUCGGAAACGGAAAUGCCGAGGCAGUGGAGGAGCCACGAGAGACCGCUAACUCAACUGCAGCAGCAUUUGAACGGCCCGAUAAUGAAGCGAAUGAAUCGACGCAAAAUUCCGAAACGCAAGAACAAUCCGACAGCCAGGAGGAAACGGUUCAAAGACAGGACAGUGAGGAAGAUGCUGAAAACAGUUCCGAGAAUCCUGCGUCUAAUGAGCAUCAACAAGAAGAGGACGAACGAAUGGAGCAAGACGAUAAGGAUUCUAGUGACGAUUAAAAAAGUAAAAUGUGGUCGAAAAGGACCUUCGUAGGUCAUCCCUUUUCGAAGGAUAUCCUCAUUCUUGGACCCAUCAGUAAGCGCCAAUGGGUAGUAAAUCUAGCUGUAAAAAUAUUAUCCAGACAAUUAACGUGUAGCAUGCUAACGAUCUACAGUGGACGUACGAUUAAAAUGAAAUAAACCUUUUUGUCUCAAAUAACCGAAAUAUAAACAGAAAGAGUGGCCGCGAAAUGGAUUGGCAACACUGGA